CAGGACGGCAUUCUCAUGGACGGAAAGCGAAUCUUUCGUAACCCCGUUCCCCUCUUCCCACGUGCGCGUCUCUCCCGACCGGCCAGGGCACGGGAAUUGAGAGAGAAAGAGAGACGGCAAAGCACAUCCGCCCUUCCCGGCCCGGCCCCUCCAGGAGAGGCGGAGCUCCGAGGACCGCAGUCGGCUGCUGCGCCGGGGCCUGGUGAGGCCGGCAUGGGAUGGUGGUGGCGCUGCCUGAGGCAUCAGCGCACGAGCUGGCAGGCCCUGCGGGCGUCGCGCUUCCCGCCUCGGACGCCCUUCGUCGGCCCUGAGGAGGGUCGCGGCACCUCGACCGCCUCCUCCUCUUCGUCGUCUUCUUCGCCGCCCUUCGUCGCCUUCUGCUCGCCCCCCUGUUGCCGAGGUCGAGCCGGUCUCGGCGCCACCCCUCGCCACCAUGCGCCGCCUCUCUUCCGCCUAAGCGCCGCCGGGGCGGGGCUCUUUCCUUUCACGCCGGCCUCGGUCGUGGCCAGUCGCCUUUGCCAUCACCUCGCCGGCCCGGAGUCCCAGGAGAUGCCCUCCGCCCCUCGCCUCGACGACCAGAGUGAGGACGAAUUCGAACCCGAGACCCCCAUGGCGUCCGAGACCGCCCUGGAGAGCAGCCACGGCAAGAAAAGCAAGAAAUCUAAGAAGGAGAAGCUGAAAAAACAACAGUUACUGCUGGAAGAAAAUGGACUGUCUGAUUCAGAGUUGGAGCCUCCCAAACCAAAGAAAAUGAAGAAGAAGCAGGAAAUGGUUGAUGAUAUUGAAACUGCAGAACAUGAGACAACAUUCCCUGCAACUAAUGGGACUAGCCACUUGAAGAAAAAGCAUAGUAACUCUGAAGAAUCAAAUACAGAGUGUGAAAGUGACCAAGAUCAGGAAAUAACAGAAGAGCAAAGGGAAGGAGACUUUGCAAAAUUUGAUCUCUCCAAAGCAACCAUUGAUCUUCUCAAAGCUCGUGGAGUUAACUACCUAUUUCCAGUACAAGCAAAGACUUUCAAACCUGUAUACGAUGGCAAAGAUGUAAUUGCUCAAGCUCGGACCGGAACUGGGAAAACAUUUUCAUUUGCCAUUCCAUUAAUCGAAAAACUUCAGAGGGAUCCUCAGGAAAGAACAAGAGGCAGAGCACCAAAGGUGCUAGUUCUUGCUCCAACCAGAGAGCUGGCAAUGCAGGUAGCCAGAGAUUUUAAAGAUGUAACAAAGAAAUUAACUGUGGCUUGCUUCUACGGAGGAACAGCAUAUAACAACCAAGUUGAUUUAAUUCGAAAUGGCAUUGACAUACUAGUUGGGACACCAGGACGAAUAAAAGAUCACCUUCAGAAUAACAAGUUGAACCUUUCCAACCUGAAGCAUGUUGUCCUGGAUGAAGUUGAUUCAAUGUUGGACAUGGGUUUUGCUGAACAAGUGGAGGAAAUCCUAGCAUACUCUUAUAAAAAAGAUUCUGAAAACAAUCCCCAGACGUUACUCUUUUCUGCAACUUGUCCACCUUGGGUGUUCAACGUAGCAAAGAAAUACAUGAAAUCCAAAUAUGAGCAAAUAGAUCUUAUUGGAAAGAGAGCUCAGAAAACUGCUACAACUGUAGAACAUUUAGCUAUUGAAUGCCACUGGUCCCAGAGAGCUGGAGUCAUUGGAGAUAUUAUUCAAGUGUACAGUGGUAGUCAUGGACGGACCAUCAUCUUCUGUGAAACAAAAAAAGAAGCAAAUGAACUGGCUUUGAAUGCUUCAAUAAAACAGGAUGCACAGUCAUUACAUGGUGACAUUCCUCAACAGCAAAGAGAAGUGACACUGAAAGGCUUUCGUAAUGGAGCCUUUGAAGUUCUAGUUGCAACCAAUGUAGCUGCCCGAGGUCUUGACAUUCCAGAGGUUGAUCUGGUAAUACAAAACUCUCCACCAAAGGAUGUAGAGUCGUAUAUUCACCGCUCGGGACGAACAGGCCGAGCUGGAAGAGCUGGAAUAUGUAUUUGUUUGUAUCAGCGCAAGGAAGAUCAUCAGCUGAGACAAGUAGAACAAAAAGCAGGGAUAACAUUUAAACGUGUAGGUGUUCCUACUGCAACAGACAUAAUUAAAGCUUCCAGUAAAGAUGCAGUGAGGUCUUUGGAUGCUGUUCCUCCAUCUGCCAUUGAUUACUUCAGAAAGUCUGCUGAACAACUGAUAGAGGAGAAAGGAGCAGUGGAAGCUCUGGCAGCAGCAUUGGCUCACAUUUCAGGAGCCACUUCCAUUGAGCAGCGUUCUUUACUUAAUUCUGAUGCGGGUUAUGUGACCAUGGUACUUCAGUGCUCAACAGAAAUGCACACUAUUGGCUAUGCUUGGCGAGGUCUGAAAGAGCAGCUGGGUGAGGACAUUGACAACAAAGUUUACAGAAUGCGUUUUCUUAAAGGGAAGACGGGUGCGUGUUUUGAUAUUCCUGUGGCUGAACUAAGUAAAAUACAGCAAACCUGGCAAGACACAAGACGCUGGCAACUUUCUGUGGCAACCGAAUUGCCUGAGCUUGAAGAAUCACUGAAUGAGGGCGGCCGCGGUGGAGGUGCUUCAGAAUUCAGAAAUGGACGACGAGGUGGUGGCGGCUCUGAUUUCAGAAACAGAAGACGAGGUGGUGGCUCCAACAGACACGAUAGAUUCAGAAACAGGGGCCAAAAACGAAACUUUGACCGGGCUUUUUGAUAAUUUGUUAAUGUCAAAUAUAAAUGGGACUAGUUAUUUGUUUUAUCAGAAGUAAAGUUAAUUUACACUUU